AAGGAAGUGGGGGGCAAACCUCUUUUUGGAAUUAACUCAUGAAGAACAAGGGAGGAAAGCCGAAACUCAAGAGGAAAGGAGCCACGAGUGUAUUUGGCUGUGAUCUGACGGACUAUCUGGAGAGCUCUGCACAAGAUGUUCCCCCAGUUCUGAAGAGCUGUGCAGAAUUCAUAGAGACUCACGGCAUCGUGGACGGAAUCUACCGGCUUUCUGGAGUGACCUCCAACAUUCAAAAGCUAAGGCAAGAGUUUGCCUCCGACCAGUGCCCAGACCUGACAAAGGAAAUUUACCUCCAGGACAUUCACUGUGUUGGGUCACUUUGCAAGUUAUACUUCCGGGAGCUACCCAAUCCCCUCCUCACAUAUGAACUUUACAAGAAAUUCACGGAGGCAGUUUCAAGCUAUCCAAAGGAAGAGCAAUUGGUCCAAAUUCAGAAUGCCAUCCAAGAACUUCCAUCGUCUCAUUACAGGACACUGGAAUACCUGAUCAAGCACUUGGCUCAUCUAGCAUCCUUCAGCAGCAUGACCAACAUGCAUGCCAGGAAUUUGGCCUUGGUGUGGGCCCCUAACCUGCUCAGGUCAAAGGAAAUUGAAGCUGUGGGGUGCAAUGGAGAUGCAGCAUUCCUGGAGGUGCGGGUCCAGCAGUUGGUGAUUGAGUUUAUUUUGAACCACGUGGAUGAAAUCUUUAAUGACCAUGUCUCUGCCAGGCCAAAAGAGACUGAGGAGAAUAAACCCAUUGUGAAGAGCUUGACACUGCCUUCUGCCACCCUUCCCAUGAAGCUAGUGAGUCUGGAAGAAGCUCAGGCUAGAAGCCUGUCAGCGUGCCACCCUGCCCGCAAGGAAAGGAGGGAGAACAGUUUGCCAGAAAUUGUCCCUGCCACAGGCUCUUUCUUUCACACUGUGCUUGACCUACCAGAUGGCAAGAGAAAAUUAUCCACAAAAUCCAAGAAAUGGAAGUCUAUAUUCAACCUGGGUCGGUCUGGAACAGAAUCAAAGUCAAAGCUGAGCCGAAAUGGGAGUGUGUUUGUGAGAGGGCAGAAGCUGUCGGAAAAAGCAACUAUUCGGCCAGCCAAAAGCAUGGACUCGUUGUGUUCGCUUCCAGUAGAAGGAGAUGCUGAGAAAGGCCGCUUCAAGCGCACAGCCGUGGCUGGAGGGUUUUUCGUUCCAAUGACAAAGCCACGGACGGGAGGCCCAAGUGGCUGUUCUGACCUCAACAGGUUGGAGAGCGAAUGGGUCCCCCAAGCAGUCAUGAAAGGUGCAGAGGGGGGCACAGAGGAUGGCGGAGACAAAGAUGCUUCUCAGCCAACCCAAAUCAGGUCCCUCCCUGAGCAGCUGAAAGUGUUCCGACCUAUAGAAGACCCUGAGGGGGAGCAGACCUCCCCAAAGAUUUACCGAAUGUUUUACACUUCCAAUGAUGGAGCUACCAAAUCAGGAUUCCAUGGGACUCUCUUCCCCCUGGAGGCCUCCCCUCGACAUCAGCGCAAAGCCUUGAAUAUCUCAGAGCCAUUUGCUGUUUCUGUGCCCCUCCGAGUGUCUGCUGUCAUCAGUAUCAACAGUACCCCCUGCCGCACGCCUGCAAAGGAAAAGUCUGUCCUCUCCAGUCUACAAGAAUCUUCUUUCUUGGGGUUAGACAAUGCCAUUUCUUCAGCCUUAGAAGGAGCUAAGCCAGAACAUACUAUAAUCAAGGAGGAAAAGAAGGAGAAGUCCAAACCAGGAACAGAUGCAACUGCUGAAAAAAUAGCAACAGCUAAGAAGCCUGAGUCCUUAGGUGUUCUUCCACGAGCUGCCACAAUGCUGGAGGCCAAGAGCAGUGUCAACAACUCAGCUUUAGGAGAACAGCUUAGCCAGGAACAGAAACCCCAAGCAGAUGGAGAUGAAGCCAGUCAGCUGGAGAUGAAGAAUAGUCCAGAAAGAGGCUCUUGGCAGCAGGAAGGGCCAAGCAGCCAAGUAGAGGACUCCUCACUCCUAAGUGAGCAGGUUGAUGGUGGCCAUUCCAAUGUUACAAUGGAGCCAUUGUGGCCAGAAAUACAACAGGAACUGAAAAUAGUUGAGUCUGAAGAGGAGGCAUCAUUCCCACUGGCACUUGCUCCAGAGACAGCCCACCAACCGCAAGAGUUUAAAUCCAGUCCUGCAUUCCUUCCAUCCGGAGAAGCCAACAAUUUACCAUGUAGUUUGGUGCUACCUCCAACACCAUCCAAAGAAAACACAGUCAGAACCCUUCCAGCUGUACUUCACAUUCCUUUGUUUGGUGCCUCUUCCAAAACAUCAAUAGAGUCAUCUGCCUGUGGUUCUGCGCUGCUCACUGAACAGGAUGGGGUGACUUCCACCUUGCUAGAACUGGAAAAUAUUCCAUAUGAUCUACCUUGUUCAAAGGAAUAUCUGGAGAUGGCAGAGACCAGGAAUGACCUUCCACCUCAGUUUCAAGACUGGAAGCUUUCAUUAGACCAAAAAGAGAAUGCAACUCUUUCAAUAGAUAAAUCAUCACAUCUUAAAGAAAAGCAUGCAGACCAAUCAAAGUGGGAAAAUAAUUCAGUGUUUCGUCAAAGACAGCAGGAAGGUAUUGUUGUAACACAGGCAGAAAAAACUGAUAAAACAUUAUCAGAUCAAAGGGGUCUGGCAUGUUUAAAUAGUAUUAGAGUCUACCAGCUCAAAGGGAGCAUUAUGAAUAAUCAAGGCCAAGACUUUCUGGACCAGCAAGAUGAUGACGCAUGGACAGACCAUGGGCAGAGCUUAGAGUUGGUGGAACCAUGGGAAGAUCACCAUUGGGUCACUAGUCCUCUCCAUUCUCCUACCUUUAAGGACACCCAAGGAGAGAUACUUCAUGAGUUUCAGACACCAUGCCAAGGAAAGGGCAGGGCCCAUUUCAAGAAGCCUUGUUUCAGUCGUAGCUUUUCCUUAGACAGUAAGGACACUGUGAGGAGGCACUGGGCUACCCAGCUGCCUUUCACAUGUACAGAUGAGGAUCAUCUUCAUGAAAACUUUUUAUCAGGAAUCAAGCAGCCCUCACAGGCACUGUGGAGAGGGAGUGACAGAGUAGAAGCUUGGCUGAAUCUUUCGGAGGAACUUUCCAAGUCAGAUGAUUCAAGCAGGAUAUCUCUGAGCCGUGAAGCAGGCUUUGCAGCUAGAGAACUGCCGUCUGAGCAUGAGGGUCUGUAUCCUAUCACUCCUAAACUCUUGGAGGAGAAGGAAACAUAUGAGAAUAGAGAAAAUGAGGAAGUUUUAAAACACGAGUCUCCUUUGCUGCAGUUUAAUUCUGAAAAGAGCAUAAGUUCAAGCAGUCCAGAAAAAGGUACCUCCAGAGUUCAGGAGUCUGGCAGCCCUGCACCUGCUGUCAUCAAAGAUCCAUGCUUUGCCAAAGAAUUACAGAGUGGUAAAAAUGAAGGCAUCUCACAGAAAGAGAAAACAAGGCCUUCUUCUCUGAAUCUUGAAUCUGUCCUUCCAGCUGCCAACCUUUAUAACUUUGAGAGUCUUUCUGUGCCCAUUCCAUCUAGGAACGUAGUCUGUGCACCAAAAGAGAUUAGGGGAAGUGAUUCUGUCCCAUCAUUACCUGUUGCCUGCCCAAAUAGGGAUAAAGCAGAUCUUUGGGGUUCUCGUUUUGAUCACCAAGACCUAGACCUAGACUACAUAAUGAUGGCUCACGCUGUUACAGGGCGGCGUAACUCUGCACCAGUGAGUGUCUCGGCAGUGAGAACAUCUUUCAUGGUUAAGAUGUGCCAGGCUAAAGCUGUGCCCGUUAUUCCACCCAAGAUUCAGUACACUCAGGUCCCCCAGCCUCUACAGACACAGAACCCCAACUUCAGGGCUCAAGAAAACAAGGAAUCAGAAACCAACAAUGGCCAACAUAAGCCAGCUCAAAAUUCUGAGGGUCAGCUACAGCCUCCCAAGAGUCCACAGGGAGACAGAAAAGGGAAAGAAAAUAACGGUGCAGCCCUUAUGGAUUCAGUAGCAACUGGAAAGGUAGAACCAUCCCUCUCCAAUCAUAAUUCCACCCAAGAUAUACCUAUACUUCGCCGAAAGCGUACUUCUGAAGGAGAGACCACAACAGACAACCCGCAGUGCUCAAAAAUGGAGAGACCAUCAGGGAUUUCCAAGCCUUCGUACAGAUGUAGGCCAGGGAGACCUCAGAGCCUUAUCCUGUUCAGUCCUCCCUUCCCCAUCAUGGACCAUCCAUCUUCCUCUGUAGAUUCCAGAGUGUUACUUUCUCCCAUAAGAAGCCCCUCACAAACUACAUCUCCAGAGCUUGUUUCUGAUGAUUUGUCAGGGACCACCCUGGAGGGGGUCACUCUUCGGAACAAGAUGACCAUUCCCAAGAAUGGCCAGAGACUAGAGACUUCCACAAGCUGUUUUUACCAACCACAGAGGAGGUCAGUGAUUCUGGAUGGGAGAAGUGGGAGGCAGAUAGAAUAAUGCCCACUUCCCAACACUUCUCUUCCCUGGUGGAUGAGAUGGGAGUGGUCACACUGAGAACUAGGAUCAUCAUCCCCCUACUAUUCAAAAAGAACUUGUUUGCCAGCUCCCAAUGAUGCUUAUUUUACAGAUAGUUACUUUGAAUUUUUGGGGGGUUUGGCCUCCCGGCCACAUGAGUAAUGGAUAUGUCAGCAAAGCAACAUUGUUCGUCAAGUAAAGUAGCAGUUAGUCCUUGUUUUGUCAUCCAAAGACUCUCCCUCAACCCUCAGCUUCUCAACAACAUUCCAGCAACAGAUAAGAACUGUGGGGGGUCAACUCGACAACACCAACUUCCUGUUUGAUUUUGAUUGGUUGUAUCCCUGCAUUCCCAGUCAGCAUCUCCUUUUUUACUUGCUUAUGUGCAAACGUAUAAGGAACUUUGUGAUGUGAAUGAUAAGUGUGAAGGGCACUCAGAUAAAGAGUGGCAUGGGGAGGAGUAUGAUAUCUUUGAGCUAAACUGAUGGGCAGUUGUUGAAGGUAAGCCCCUGCUUGCUUAAAUAGGUUUUGCUCCUGAAGCAUAUUUUUCUCUAUACUUUUGUUUGUUAAUACAGAGCUAACUGCAGGGUUUUAUAUUAGUUGACUAUACAGAUUUGUACCAAUAGCUGUCUAAAACUACUUGCUCUCUCAAAGGUUGGUGUCAUUAGUGCAGUACCAAAGAGAGACUCCACCUCCCCUGCUGUGAUCCUAUUGAGGCUCUUCUGGAAAGCACUGGCAGUGACUACCCUGCUAUUUUGACUGUAGUGACAGUCACAGGUCUUAGUAUUUACUGAAGGACAGGUAGACAGGGCAGUUGCAAUAACUGGUGCUCUUUAUUUCAGGAACAUCCCAGUAGGGUUUCUUUAUCUUCCGUAAGAAGUGUUGCUGCUGUUUGUUCUUUAAGCUGCCAUUUACUUGGCAUCAUCAGGGCUGUAGGUGGCAAGGAUUUAAGAUCUGAUUAGGAAAAAAAAUCCUGAUGCUAAUUCAUGGCUGAGUCACUAAGCGGGGACUUUGAGCUUUAGGAAUUAAAAAAAAAUUAAAUCCCAAAGAACAAGGUCUAGAUCACAAAGCGGCAAUCUACAUUCACAUUUUUUCUCUCCAGAAUGCGUUGUAGGUGGCUCUCAGGUAUGAUUGCACAUAAAGAUGUAGAUAAGACAUGCUGUAGUGUGAAUUAGAAUAUACAUGGAAACCCUCAAGGACUUGCAGGAAGCAUCUCAUUUCCCCUUUCUUCACUAUUUCCACUUUCCCUUUCCUGAAAGCUCCAUAGCCUUCCACCAUUUCCUGCUGCCUUAUCGCUUUCCCACCCAACAAGCAACCUACAUUUAUCUUCCCUAUUAUCCUCAUGUUCCCUGGCCCCAAGCAGGUUGUACCCAGGAAAACUGUGGCCCAGCUGUGUGGUGCUGGCCACUGUGCCAGGCCCACUUGCAUGGAGGGAACCUUGUGAGAGUACCUUAAUUUCCCCGGUAUCCCUCCCCACACUAUUUCCUCUUUCCCUUUCCUGGCAUGCCCCAUAUCCUCUCACAUUUUCCUGCCUCGUUUCCUCCUUUCAGCAAUUUACCAACCUACCUUUUAUCUACCUCCCAUCUUCAGCUGUAUUUAUUAUUUAUAUACUUCAUCUAUAUCCCGCCUUCCUUCACAGUGGGGACCAAAGCCGUGUACAUUAUUCUUCUCUUCUCCUUUUUAAUACUAAUUACAGUUCUGUAAAGUAGGCUAGACUGGAUGUAUAUUACUGGCCAGAAAUCACCCAGUGAGCUUCUAUGGCAAGAUGGGGAUUUGAACCUGGGUUUCCCCGACCCUACUCUGAAGCUCUAGCUGCUACGCUACUCUGGCUUUAAUAGGCUGUUGAACUGUAGCAAGCUGCUAGGCCUAACUGAACUGUGCAAAUUAGGUGGUUUUUGCCAGGCUCCGGGUGGGAUGUGGAAAUUUACUGGAAUUACAACUGAACUUCAGAUGACAGACAUCUGUCCACAUGGAGAAAUUGGCUGCUUUGGAGUGUGGACUCUAUAGCAUUAUAUCUGACUUAAGCCUCUUCCCUCGCCAAAUCCUUCCCUCCUCAGACUCCACUACAAAUUCUCCAGGAAUUUCCCAACUUGGUGCUGAUAACUCUAAUCAGGCAUGGCCUAAAUGAGUCCUCCCUCAAAGGCCAAGAAAGGCCUGGAAAGGAUCCUGCCCCUCCCCCUGCCUUUUAUUCACAGAAACUCUAAGCCUGGAAUCUUGUGGUUGCCUAGUGACAGACAGUGAGGGAUUCUGUUGCUUAAAGCUACAGGCAUGCCUUUGUUCAUUUUAUUUGUUUUUAAAAUACCUCAAAGUAUUUUUUAAUUACAUUUUUUUCAUGAACCUGGGUCCCUUUUCAGGUCUUUAGAAAGGUCUGUUUUGUCCAUUCACAGCUCCAGUCACUGGAUUUAAGUAUCCUUAAAUGUGGCUGGUUUCUCUCUUAGCAUAUAAGAUUAUAGCAUGCAACAAAAUGUCAUGUUUGAAUAGGAUAGCUGCACUUUUGCACAUUGUACCAAAACUCUAUAGUCCCCUGUAACUCACUAACUACUUUUGACUCAUGUACACCUGCCUGGUAUCAGCAGCCCUCAUUGUAAAAAAAACCCCUUUCCCCUCAAAAAAACCUCUUCAAGAAGUAGCAUGGAUGGCCCAAAUGUUUGAGACUCUAAUGGUCUGAAUGUCCAUUGGACACAUGAAGCUACCGUCUCCUAAAUCAGGGCCUUGGUCUAUCAAGUUUGUCUCCACAAACUGGCAGCAGUUCUUCAGCAUCUCAGAUAGAGGUCUUUGACCUUCUGCCCGACCCCAUUAACCGGAGUUACCAAAGGUUGAAUCUGGGAUAUUCUGCUUGCCAGUUUGUGGCAAUGAGCAACAGCUCCCCUCCCCUCUCAUGAGGAAAUAUUGAGUUUGUUUUGCAAAAUUCUCUGGUAGGUGGAAGAGUUUAGUCACUCCCAGAGCAUGUUAUUUCCUGGUUUGUAAGGGAGAAAAGAGUGAUACUGCCUUUAUUUCCACCCGUUGUUCUUUCGAGUGAAGACAUACCUAUGGUGACAUUUUAGAUCCAAGGAUGAUGCACGUUGAGUUCAUAGAGCACAGAGUAUCUGUCAGAGUUUGUGGUAGCUGCAUGUGCCAUCAGGUUUAGUCAUGGCAUAGUAAUUGUUUAUAAGAUUUCAAAAAAAAGAGCAAAGGAGAGAUAAGAAUGUCAUCUUUUGUCUUCAAGUGCACAGGGUGGAGCCUUGUUGGGCUGCCCUUUUAAAUACAAAUAAGGUAGAAUCGGUGUACGAGUGAAGCAAGAUAUAUGAAUAGAAGGAGAAAGAUUAAUGUGGUAUUCUUCGUGAAUAGCAGGGAAAGUUUACUUGUCUAGGCAGAAUGGAUGAACUAUUUAUCUACAUGAGAAGGGAGGUGUACAGUGCUCACCUGGAGGGAAGGGAUGGCCCCUUCGACAAACAAAACCUGGGAUUUGCUUUAGACGUUUGACUCAUUUGUCAACAUCGGAGAAGUUUUCUGAAACAGAGUUUCAUAUGACUUCAACAUAUGUUCAAGUGAUAACAUGAAGGAACAGCACUGAGGCCUGAGCAGUUUCCACUGACGGCUGUUUCAAAACCUCAAGUUGCGAACCAGAACUUAUUGCUAGGCUUUUCUGUCUUCGGAGAUUUUUAAAAAAAUAACUGAACUGAUUAAUUUUGUGUUAUAUUUUAUAUAUAAACAGAACAUAUAUAAAUAUGUUAAAAUGUAAUUAAAAACCUAAGUUGUUUAAGCAGCAUCCAUCGCGUCCGUGAAUCUUGAGUGCUCCGACAUAUAAACAUUAUUCUUCGCUGAAAAUGCUUUUCCCAAACCUUUUAUAAAGAAUAAAUUUGAGGUGCAACAUUUUAAUCCCACCUAUUAGGAAUAAAUCUCUGUUGUCCCACCUGUAUUACCUCUUGGGCUGCUCCGAUACCAACUAGUUUAGCUCAUUUCCAUCCACCAGUGAAGAUUGAGCAGCCAAUUAAUCGACAGGCUGCUCAACUGUUCAUAACUUGUUCACUUAUAUUUACUGGAACAGGCUGCUUGCAAGUCAUCAGAAGCCAACUUCCAGUUGCUAAGGGAUCAGCUGGGAGACCGCAUCUGAUCUUCUGCUGGGGCAGUUUUUUUGGUGGGGACAGAGAUCAGGAGCUGACUCCUGGCUUCUAAUCUGCUGUACCGAAAAACCAGCUGCUGCCAUGACUGGUUGAGAUGGAAGAAGGGAGGGGGGGCGGUGUUCAGAAGCCCAGCUGAUUUCCCUUCUUUUUCCCACUGUCUGUUCGGGCUGCAGAGAGAAAGGAAUUCUUCCUCCUCUGGCUUUUGCAAUGCAAAGAUCAAAAGUGUUGCUUCUGUCCAGCCCAACUUGGAGGGGAGGGAAACGAAACAAGCUUUUUCUCCUUUCCCAUUUUCCACUUCACUGGGUAGCUAUUUUUUUGGGAGGGGGUGGAUUCAACUUUUGAUCAGCAGAUAACUAUAUAUUUGUUUGGCAACUGUUCGAGUUGCUUGAUGCAAUCCUGACAUAUCUCUGAUUGGUUUGCAGUCUGACCACGAGUGUUGAACAAGGUAAGAUCGUCUGCCAAACAGGCUUCCUGGGAAAUUUGUGGUAUCUGAUAUUGUCUCUGUACCAGGUUUAGGCUACCAUUUUGCACUCAAGCAUAGGAAAAACAAAAUACCUACCUGUGAGAAUGUUGGUGAGCUGGCAAAAAAUCGGGGAAGGUUGAACUUGGCCUAGUGGCACUGAUGACAUCCCAGGGAUUCACCUUGGAUUUAGCCAGUGGCUAUACACGUCUGGGAAAUGAUGAGAAGGAUAAGCCACACCUGUUGCCUUCUUCCACAGAGGUGCCAGUGCCUUGGUUGUGUGGGUAGGAAAUCUGGCCCUGAGUGCCAAGCAAUAUGUUGUCUACCCUUGCUGAAUACUCACAGCUAGGAACCUUGUAGCCUACCCAAGCCACUAAUAGCACAAUUCAGAUAUGGGGGGUGGGGGUAAGGAGUGCUGAGGCAGCUGGGGAUGUCUUGGCAAAGGCAGAGACAUACCACCUCCAAAGGGGCUCCAGGCAAUGCAGGCAGGAGGGACAUUCGAAAUCUUUCCUACUGCCCAAAGAGCCCAAUUGAAGAAACAGACUUACACCACUGUUUUUACAGCAUAAGGCUGAUGGCCUGGGGGCAUUCCCAGUGCCAAAGUUCUAUGGAAGCUCUGUGGACCAGGCUCCCUUCUGGACCUGGUGCUGUGCACCUCUGCAGUGCUCAGCUGCCUUCCAGUUUGCCAUCUCUGCUGGUGUAAGUGCCAAUUAUAUCAGCAGGGUGGGCAAACAUGCCAGCAUGGCCCCAUGCCAGCUCCUGAAACUGCUUGGCCCUCCCCUCAUGAUUGUAAGUCUAGCUCUCGUUGAGGCCAUUUGAUCUAUGGACCUAACCCUCUGAAAUUUAGUUAACUAUAGUGUGGAACUAUAUUGUGAAAGUAUAAUGGCAAGCUAUUCUAUAUGGAGACAUGCAUACAGAAAGAAAGAACGAAAACACACACACACACACACAUCAAGCUUCCCCCCCACCCCCACCCAGUGAUUUGGUACCAUAAGAUACAAGGAGAUGGUCUACACCCUAUACUCCCAGUACAAGACUUGCUUGGGUACUAUUCUGUCUUGCAAACAUUAGUAAAAGUUGGAGAUCUGUGUACACUGAGGUACUUCAACUGGGGGGAAAAACCCAGCAUCUGAGAAAAAAAUUUUCAGUGUGUUUAACAUUCUCCUUUUCUUAAAGCUCCAUUUCCCAGUCUGUAAACUGAGGUGGCCAAAGCUAGCUGCUCAUCUUGACUAAUCCCAUUCAGUUUAGAGGAAAAUGAGAGAGACCACACCUGCAAUCUGUGAAAAGAUGAAGAAGUCUGGGAUAUUCGUUGUCAUGUUGCAUUGCUUUUGGUAUUGUUUUCAUGAAAUGUUGCUGUUUGUGCAGACUAUCUGCUUUUGUGCCUUUAUUGCUUUAGAGUUUGGACAAGGUCUCAGUCAUGACGUUUAACUGGAGUUUUAAUUUUUUCAACAAAAUUAUAUGUGUCCUGUUGAUA